ACAACAUCCUUCGUUUAUCACCGCCUGGAAGAUGGUGGCAGUCAAAAUGCGUUCUUGUGUGUUGUCACUUUUACUUUUGAAUGUUUAUUACACCGUCGUCUCCUCGCUGUACUUUCACAUCGGGGAGACUGAGAAGAAAUGCUUUAUAGAGGAAAUUCCGGAUGAAACGAUGAUCAUCGGAAACUAUCGUACACAAUUGUACGACAAACAGAAAGAAGAGUACCUUCCUGCCACACAGGGUCUGGGGAUGUUUGUUGAGGUUAAAGACCCUGAUGAGAAGGUGAUCCUGUCUCGUCAGUACGGCUCGGAGGGAAGAUUCACCUUCACCUCUCACACCCCAGGAGAACAUCAGAUCUGCCUUCACUCCAACUCCUCCAAGUUUGCCCUCUUUGCUGGAGGAAUGCUUAGAGUUCACUUGGACAUCCAAGUGGGAGAGCACACCAAUAACUAUGCAGAGAUUGCAGCCAAAGACAAGCUGACAGAGCUGCAGCUGAGAGUGAGACAGCUGGUGGAGCAGGUGGACCAGAUCCAGAAGGAGCAGAACUAUCAGAGGUACCGUGAGGAGCGCUUCAGGCAGACCAGUGAGAGCACCAACCAGAGGGUUCUGUGGUGGUCCAUCGUUCAGACAUUGAUCCUGGUGGCCAUUGGCUUCUGGCAGAUGAGACACCUCAAGAGUUUCUUCGAGGCCAAGAAAUUAGUGUAGACCUGCACUCUCAUUUUGUUGUUUAUCUGAGUCCGGGUUGGGGAUCAUUUCGGUUUCAAGUCAGUCAAUUCAGGAAGUGAACUUUAACUCUAUUAUUGAAUAGAAAAUUCCCCCAUUGUUUUCUAUGAUGCUUUUUUCAUUCAUCAAUUCAGUUUGAAUUCACUUCCUAAAUUGAUAAGUGAAUUGAUCCCAACCCUGGUCUGAAUGCAGUACUCAAACGUCAGUCCGAAUGCGUGUUUGCUCCCAGAAGUAUGUGUGCAGACUGGUGAGGUUACCAUCCUAUCAGUGAAAACCACCCAAUUAUUUUUAUUUUGAGAGGGCACUGCUUUUGGAUUUUUAAGACCCUUUUGUGACUUUGAUAUUCUCCAUCCCUGUUUCUGUAAGAUAUAAGUCUGCAAUUAGUUUUAUUUAUGAUCCUCUACAGUAUGCUAUAUGUUUUACUUUUGGCUGGGAAUUUUUUUAUUUUAUACUAUUGAUGAUAUCAAACAUUGGACUGAUGAUAUCAAACAUUGUUCUUCGAAGGUUAAAACCACCUGUGUUUUUUUCACAUCAUACCCCACCCCCUUUGACAACCCACAAUAUGUAGCACUGUUGUGACUGUCAGUCAUUUUCCAGGUGGCAUCUCUUCUCUCAAACUGAUUAGAGACGAUGUUUUCACUCUACUUGCAUUGUGAUGGGGGUUUUGUUACUGCCUGAGAGAGAUCACCUAUUUUGGUUUAGAGCCAUACAACAGAAAUGGUGACUUGAUUUAUGAAACUUAUUUUUGGUCAUGUGUGCGUACUGGUCUUUACGUUUUUUUUAUAUUUUGCUUCAAAUUAAUGUAAGUUUCAACCCCUGAUGUAUUUUGUGUCGUCGUGGUCUGUGUGUUUAGAAACAGAAAGACAUCCAGAAUAUGCAGAAUUUUAAAUGAAGAUCUUGAAAAUUGGGUACCUUCUCCUGUCUUGUUAACCAGUAUCUGUAUUCCCAAAGCACCUCGGAGUAGGCGUGCUGAUCUAGUAUCUGUUAUCACUUGUUAUUAAUUUUGAUUUUAAAAGGCUAAACGGAUCCUAGCUCAGCACUUCUACCCUGAGACGCUUUCUGAAUACGGGCUCUGUCUGUGUUUUUAUUUAAUGGCCAAUUUAUAAAGCUGGAAAGUGAGACAAGAAACAUGACAUUUUGGUUAAAGGGUGGCGCUAGAGUGUCUGAUGUUUAAUAUGGUCGUUUUAUGGAAAACAAAGUUGUGUUUAAAUACUAGCUAUGCAUUUGCUGAAGUAAGAAAGCAGUUCACACAGUUUCUCCCUAACUUGCUGAAUACAGUACCAAAGAUGUUCCCUUAUAACAAUCCAUUGGCUUGAUGGUGGUCAAGUGAAUAUUGAUUUUUAAAGAGAUUUGCUUGUUUUUUUCAUCUAUACUGCAUAUCUAAGUGAACCUGGAGAGGUGGUGUUUUUGGCUUCUGUUUUAUCCAUUUCCUUUCUGCAAAUACUCAGGUAGAGUUAUGAAGACACUGAUUUAAUUCAAUAAAUAACUGCUGUCCAGGUUUACAGUUUGCUCCAGUUCUCAUCAUGUACAAGGAGUUGGUUCGUGGGUAAACAUCCAUUGUACACUUGAAAAGUACUUAGCCAGAAAGCAGUCCUUGCUUCUUGUCAAUCAUAAAACAAUUUGAACUAUACUGUAUCAUUUUUGCAAAAAUAUUUUUGUCAGAUAAUCUGUUUCUCCUUAAUGUUCCCAAAACUAUUCUUUAAUGAGUUAGUUCGUCAUUGGUUAGUUUUUUCAUUUGUUAAUGGUUAGAUUGAGUAGGAUAUUUUAAUUAGUUGGUGAUGGUUUGUUUUGGGUGGGGGGAUUUUAAUUUUAGAUUCUGUAAAUGUGAAAACUUGUCUAAAUCGCACUAAAAAAUAAAGUUUUAUGACCUUUGGCUA